AUGUGUUUGGUAUGCAUAUACAUUCUCUACUAAUAUAUAUUAUUAUAUAUAUAUUAUUAUAUUACUAAUAUAUAUUCUAACUCUGACAGCCAGGAAAAUGAUGGAAAAGGAAAACAGAGACCUCGUUCUUGCUGUGUACUUCAUCACGUUCAUCUUUGGGUUGCCAGCCAACAUCAUUGCCCUCUAUACCUUCAUCAAGAAGGUACGGCGGGGUGCCACACCCGUGGAUGUCCUGCUGAUAGGCCUCACCAUCUCGGACCUGCUCUUCCUGGUCUUCCUUCCCUUCUGGAUGAAGGAGGCCAUCGACGACAUGCAGUGGUACAUGCCUGACUUCCUGUGCUCUUUGUCGGGUCUCAUCUUCUAUGGCACCAUCUACAACAGCACCCUGUACCUCACCGCCAUAAGUGUUGAGCGCUACCUGGGAGUUGCCCAUCCCAUCAAGUACAAACUGAAGAGAAAGCCUCUGUAUGCGGUGGUGGGCAGUGUGCUCAUCUGGGUCAUCUCCAUGGCUGAGUGCAGCAUCGUCUACAUCAUGCAGUACUACCACCUUGACAAUGAGACCGCCGACGUGAACAGCACAGUCUGCUAUCACGAGUUCUCCCCAAAACAGCUAGAAAUACUGCUGCCGUUUCGCCUGCAGCAGUUCGUCCUCCUCUUCUGCUUGCCCCUUCUCAUCUGCUGCUUCUGUUACAUCAACGUCAUCCGCAUCCUCUCCCAGCUGCCCAACAUCUGCCCCUGGCGACGUUACAGAGCCAUCGGACUAGCCUUCGGCACCAUCGUAGUCUUUGUUGUGUGCUUCGGGCCCUAUAACGUGUCCCACCUGGUGGGUUACAUCAACGGUGAGAGCCCCAAAUGGCGCAGGCACGCCGUGCUCACCAGCACCUUAAACGCUUGCCUGGACCCCUUCAUCUACUACUUCUCCUCGUCUGCGCUGAGGGCCACGUUCAACAGCAUCCUCAGCAGGGUGUCGGCGAGGCUGCAGCUACAGGGUUUCUCCAGCAGGGGGUGCCAGAGCACUGACCCAUGCCUGGCCCUGGAAGAGCGCACACAAAGCACCAUUGAUCACCUGGGCUAG